ACGGCAAGGGUUUUUGUCGUUGUGAUAUCGCCAAUGUCAUUUCAAAGUUGUGUCGGCAGCGUGUGCCUCUGAUUAGUGUGUUUUUACUUCUCCAUAUGUAUGCAAAAGCGUUAUAGCGAAGUGCAGUAGCGAGCGGGCUGUGUUUCAAAACCCAUUGAGCCGCCUUCCUAGUUCUAGACUGCCUAUUUGGGCAGCGAGGGCGCGUCUGGGACGCUUGAAAAGCUGAUGCGAACGCGUCCCGACAGCACAAACGACUCACAAAAACGCACGGGUGCGUUGCAAGUGCUCGAACGACGCCCAGAAAUGCUUUCUAGGGAGGCAGCGCGCUCGUUUUUGACACACCACCAUACUGUCCAGUGACAGGCGUGCUCGGUGCAUGCGUGCUGCUGGAGUCAGUCAGUGACGUUCUUGUCCCAGAAUGCUGCCUGGUAAACAGACAUGGAAGCACCUGAGCUCAACCGGGACCUCUGAAGUCCAGGGCAUUGAUUCCCUCACCAGCUUGGGUGGCAGUCUGGAAUCACCAUAGCUGAUGAGGAUCUACUGACUUGACCAGUUUUGUUCCAAUUUUUACUUUUGACAAGCGGAAAGAAUGUCGGAAAGGGCCGAUGAUGACGUCAGGGGGGGGCAGCAGCAGCAGCAGCGCAGAGCGGCCAGGCAGCUGAAGCAGCGGGGAGAAGCCUCCACAGCAAUGGCGACUGUUGCGGAGCGCAGAUCCCUGCCUAGUCCUGAAAUAAUGCUGGGACAGCCUUGGAGCAGCUGGGUCGAUGCUGUGAAACUCUACGGGAGCGACGGUACAGAAUUGGAGGAAAGUUUGAAAGAGUGCGGGAAAAAUCGCGAAGCCAUGAGACUCUGCAGAGACGACAUGCCCAUCUUUGGCCAAUGUCCUGCCCAGGAUGACUUCUACUUGGUCAUGUGCAGCCACUGCAGUCAGGUAGUCAAACCCCAGGCCUUCCAAGCACAUUACGAGAGAAGACACAGCUCCAGCAGCAAGCCCCUAUCCAGCUAUGCCGCCCCUGCUGCGUUUGCAAACUCUCGAAGUAAGGGCAGCCUUGGAGGUGGAGUCGGGGUCAGGACAGUUAGUGGUAGUACACUUGAACGCCCCUCCAGUGCAAACAGCAGCGCCCCCCCUAAAAUCUACAAAAAUCAGUCACCCAAAGAGAAGCUGCCUCACCGGAAGCCUCACUUCCCCUAUAGAGUGCCGCAAGAAGAGAGCCCAAUCCCUGCAGUCAAAGGUCCAGAGAAAGGUCUAGAGAAGGUCCAUUGGAAGGUGGAAUCUUCACCCAAACUCCCCCACGUGCCCACUUCUUCUUCCACUUCCUCCUCCUCUUCCUCCAAUACUGUGAGCUCCUCCCCCUUGAAGUCAGGCCUUAACUUCCCCUCCAUACCAAAGGCUCCACAGCUGGCCCCUGGUCAGAUCCCCAAUGGAAAGGGCCACCUCUCGUCCCAAGACAAGAAACAGGACAGCAGCAGUGCCAGUAGCAGAAGACCCUUGUACAAGAGACAAGAGCGAGAGUUUAAUCCAGAUGUCCAUUGUGGGGUUAUGGAUAUGACAGCACGUAAGCCAUGCACAAGAUCCUUAACAUGCAAGACACAUUCCAUAAGCCAGAGGAGGGCAGUGCUCGGGCGACGGCAACGCUUUGACACGCUUCUCGCUGAGCACAAGAGCAAAGCGCGCGACAAGGAGCUGCAGUUCAGGUUGGACCCUUCACACCCAGCACCCCCUCUCAGGGACCCUCACCCUCCCCCCUCCCGCAUCUCACAAGACGUUCACCCGGUCUCCCAUGGCAAUGGCACUGUCGAUGCUACCAAGCCUUUGCCCCACAGCAAACCCAAACCUCAUAAUUCUGGGCUUCCACGGCUCAACAGCAGUAAUUCUCACAGUGGAGGAGACCCAGCCAUGGCCCAUGACCAGGCCCACCAUUCUCACCCAGCCCCUGUUGGCACAGAGACCAGCCGCCUCUCCAGUGACGAGGGGGAGAACGAGGAGAGAGAGGAGGCCACAGAGAAACUGGACUGCCAUUAUUCAGGUUACCACCCACGACCAGCUGCUUUCUGCACUUUUGGAAGUCGAUUGUACGGUAGAGGUUGUUACACGUUCGACCGGCACUGGGAUCAAGUACGGUGUGCUCUCACCACCAUGUUGGACAAGCAUGUCAACUCACAAUUGUGGAAGAAAAUCCCUCUGGCAUUGGAGAACUCAGCAACAACACCGACAACCUCUCACCGGACAAGCACAAACUCCCAUUCUUCCUCAUCCUCCUCCAUUUCUGCAGGGUUUCUCAGCUUGUCCUCACCACCGCCUUAUGACAGCAAGCCAGUCUUGUCAUAUGGCACCACCCUGAACGCCCGCUCUUCUCCACAAGCCUCCUCCACUGAGCAGCCCGCCUACAGUGGCACUUCUAGACAAGUGUCAGCCUCAUCACCCCAGAUGCCUUCAGCCCACUCGUCCUCGCUACCCUCGUUGGGCUCCAACCGACCCCUUAAAUCCCGAUCUGGUACAAAGUCCUUUAAGGCUCGGGAGCCAUCCUCCAGCCUAAGUAACUCUAUCAUCAAGGGCAGCACUAACAGUAGUGCCAGCAUUAGCGGUAGUCUCAGUUCCGGCAAGAAGCGGAAAAAUAGUUCCCUGCUUACCACCCAUAGCACUUACACCUCUGACUCUUUCACAUCCUCAUCUUUUAAGAAGAACUGUGCGGUAAACUCGGGCACUCUUGGCAGUGCGUACCACACCUCGCUUGCCUCCACCCCCUCUUCAUCUUCAUCGUCAUCAACGUUGUCGUCAUCCCACAGCGGGGUUUACAGUGUGGGGGUAAAUUGCACCCCAGGCAGGGCCAACUCUUUGAGCUUGAAGCAGGAGUCGACAGGACGUGGCCCUCCCUCAGGCAGCCCAGCCGAGUCCAUUAAACGCAUGAGCGUAGUGAUGAACAGCAGUGACUCCACCCUCUCCCUCGGGCCAUUUGUUCACCAGAGCAGCGAUCAUCAUGCAGAUUCACGUCUGGAAGCCAAAAGAAGGAAGGGCUCACCUGGCUCUAGUAGCCUCAACAGCACAGUGUCUGGAGCAGGAGGGGGAGGAGGACAAGGUCCUGGCAGGCCCAAAAUGGCCAAGUCUCCAUCAAUCAACAACAUCCACAGCAAGCACGCUCGCUCUAUACCUGGACCACCAGGGCUCCCUAACAAUUCACUCAUACAUCAGCCAAAGGCUCGACCCUGACACAGGUGAGGAGGCUCUGAGCAUGCUGUGCAGUAGGCUGGACCCAGAGCUCCCUCAGCCCCCUCAUGUCACUCUGCACGAGGCCUUCUUUUUCUCUUACUCUUCCCACAAUCCUCAGGGUGGAAUGCACACUGGGUGGCCCAUUGAUGUCCUUCGUGAGGAUUUCCUCCCAAAGCCAUGCAGGGGCACUCUCCGGGGAUAGGAUAAUAAGCCAGAGAGAUAUAGUUCUCCUGUCGGAGGUUAUAAUGAAUCUAUACAAUGCACCAUUGGGUACAAAGCCUGCUGCGUAGAGCAUGAGGUGCCCAGCCUGAGCACUUGCGCUGGGGUCAGAAGGUACAGAUUUGGGCUGGUGCGUAGCCUUGCCAACACUAUCAAGCAUAGGAUGGAUGUGCGACGUGAACAAGAUGAGUUGCUUUACCGAUAUUCUUCGGUAUGUUAGCUUGAAGGUGUGGACAUACGAGAACAUACUGGACAUACUGGAAACUGUAAUCCUACUCAGCCUUGGAGGAAGUGUACAGGAGAGGAACAUCCCUGAACUAUUGACACACAGUCAACUUAAGUUAGUCAUACACAUGAUCUCUCACUGGAAGGCUGUAUUAGAUUGAGCUACACUCACUGCAGAUAGACAUGACAGGAGUGGAGUUUCAACAUGAGCAACCUAAACUUAAAGAUUAUGCAAACUAGAAAUUUUUUUAGACCGCAUUUUGUUUACACAUUUGCAGAUGUAUAGCAAACAGAACAAAAUAUUUAUUGUAUACCAUUUUCCAUUUAUUUUGAAAAUUUUUCAUUUAGAUUUGAUGGUUUUAUUUCAAGGUGAUUUUUUUUUAACUUCAGAGAGAGUUCUUUUAGGCUGAUUUAUUGCAAUUUCUUUUUUACAGAAAAAUCCAACCCCAAAUCAAACUCGGAACAGCUUGCAUUAGCUAAAGCCCUUUUUUUUUCUUCUUUUUUUUUUACUGAAUCCUGAGCAACAGUUGUCUCUUGAAGCUCCAGAAAACACUGUAAUCCUCUCAAAAACCAUGCCUUGGACAACACUGAUAUUUUAGGUACAUUAAGGGCUUGAUUCAGUGAACCUUUUAGCACAUGCAAAAAUUGCUCCUGUCGGAGCAAAAUGAGAGACGGCAGGUGAUGUUUCACCUCCUCCAGUUACCCAUCGUAGCACUAAAGAAACAUGUGCUGAAAUCUUAAUGUACUAAAAUCUGCAGUCUCGCUCAAAUGAUUGUAGUAGAGUUUCCUGGUGAAGAUGCCUUAGGCAUGGUAUCGUUAUGUGCCGUUUCAGUCUCAGAAAGAGGCUUGUGGCUAGUUGACACUGAGCCGUAGACCAACAUGACAGACACACUAUCAUCUCAGCAAUGGAGUAGACAUCUACACAACUCUCAAUACUGUGAGACACAUGAACAGUAGUCUGGCCAGCACCAUCUCAUCAAAUAACCACUACCUUAUACUGCGACUGAACGUUCCUGCAUUGAUCCCACACAAACUUUUGUUCUUUGUGCCCCUGUAGAGGUUAGUAGCUAGACAUUCUGAUUUAAAUCUCAUUUUCAUUGUGGGUCUGUCAACUUAAACGCAAUAGAUCCUUCUUUGGCUCAUUAAUCUUCAUAAGAGAUUUGAGGUGGAUUUUGUUGUGCAAGUUGGGGCUCUUUAAAUCUCCUGUAAAUUACUGAACUCCACUGAUGUCAGUCAGCAAUGGUUGCUGAGAAGUAGAGCAUGUUUUAUUAUUUUUAAUUUUUUUCGUGUAUUUUUUUCCUUCGGCUUUUUCGUACACAAAACCGAAUUCAAAUAUUGAAGUAUCCCUAUUUCAGAAUACAUAUUUUGUUAAAGAAUUGUACAUAUGGAGAUGUAUUUUUGCACAAGCAUUUUCGUAAACGAUUUUUGGUACAAUUGAGAUCAUUAUUAUUUAUUUAGUAAAUUGAAACAUUCUAAGAAUAUUAGAAGUGGUUCACUGCCAAGCCGAUAAUGCAAUACGCCACUCUAUCCGAACACAGCUUCUUGUUAGUCGCACGCCGAGCUCCCCCAGACAGAUUGUUGCCACAGUAGUGGGAAAUCAUCCACCGUACACUAUAUUGUUUUCUAGGUGUCAGUAGUGCUUCUUUUCCCUCGUGGUCAGAGAAUGUGAUCAAAAUGGCCCGUUUAACUGUGCAAAAGAUUUCUAGCUGGCUGAUGUAUUUUGUAGGACUUUUCUAACUGGGUGAGGGAACCAUACAGUUGUACAGUGCAAAAUGUGCACCACUGUUGCCAAACAUUGUAAUUGGAUACACUGCUUUUUAAUUACUUAUUCAUUUGCUUUUAACGCUGACAAAAAAAAAAAAAAAAGAGAAAGUGCCUGAAUUAGUUUCUCAUUGACUGUUGUUAAGCCAGAGCUUUUUAUUUCAUGUAUUCUUUUCACAGUACUUGAAUGUUAUUUAAGGGUUUAGAAAUGUUUUAAACCUGCCUAGGAAUCUCACACGUCGCCCUUUUCCCCUUCAAGUAGAGCGGUAAUGCUAAUUGAUGAAAUGCAUGGCAGAGGAAUAACACUUACUUGACAAUGACACGAGAAAAGUGUCUUAUCUGUCCCUUGUAUUCUUUUAUGACUACUUUUGAUAUUAGGAAUUUUCAAAGCGAGAGGGAUAGAUAUUUUUGUGGCCCAGUCGGUGAUUUCAUCCAGUGUUUUAGGCAGAUAAAUGUACUGUUUACCUUGAAAUUGUAACUCCACUGUUUUCAGAUGAUGAAAGCUUUCUGAAGAUGUUUGAUUAAUCACCACAGAUCUGGAAUGUGAAUCCAAGAUGAUAAACGCAGUUUGCUUUUUGGGGAAGAAGCCUCUACAUAUAAAAAUUAUGUACAAGUGUGUAUAUUUAGAUUUUUUUUUUUUCUUUUCCUUUGUCUUUUUUGUAUACAUAUUCAAAAAUCAUUUGAUCAGCUGGACUUUUGUGUGUUGGCUGCUAUGUAAUUCAUGAACAAACAGUAGGGUAGAUUUACUUAAUAUUUAAAGAAAGAUUGUAUAGUAUAUUUGUUUUGUAACAAGUUUCUGUAAAUAUAUAAAAAGAAAAAAUAAUUUAUACAGUUAUUUAUAA